AAUGCGCUCUGGUCUCGGUUAGCCAGCCCCGCUUAGCUUAGCCUCGCUCUCAUGGUCGGACCCGCCACGGGACUGUGAGGAGACGUGUCGCUCGCUUCAGCUGGAGUCCGACUUCCCGGUGACUUACCGAAGAUAACGCGCAAUGGCAGACAAGGAGGCCGGCCCAUAUGAUGAUGCGGUGGAAGAGAGGGUUAUCAACGAGGAGUACAAGAUCUGGAAGAAAAACACCCCUUUUCUGUAUGACCUGGUUAUGACCCAUGCUUUAGAGUGGCCCAGUCUCACUGCUCAGUGGCUGCCUGACGUUUCUCGACCAGAGGGGAAGGAUUACAGCGUGCACCGAUUGGUGUUAGGCACUCACACGUCUGAUGAGCAGAAUCACUUGAUUAUUGCAAGCGUCCAGCUUCCCAAUGAUGACGCCCAGUUUGAUGCUUCGCAUUAUGACAGUGAAAAAGGAGAAUUUGGAGGCUUUGGCUCAGUAAGUGGGAAGAUUGAGAUAGAUAUCAAGAUCAACCAUGAAGGAGAAGUGAACCGUGCUCGAUACAUGCCCCAGAACCCCUGUAUCAUUGCCACUAAGACCCCCACCUCAGAUGUGCUGGUGUUUGAUUAUACCAAGCAUCCUUCCAAGCCAGAGGUUUCUACAGAAUGUCGCCCAGAUUUGCGACUCAGAGGCCAUCAGAAAGAAGGCUAUGGUCUGUCCUGGAAUUCAAACAUGUCAGGCUUUCUGCUUAGCGCAUCAGAUGACCAUACGAUCUGUCUGUGGGACAUCAGUGGUGUGCCUAAGGAGAGUAAGAUAGUUGAUGCGAAGACUAUCUUCACUGGUCACACUGCUGUGGUGGAAGAUGUCUCAUGGCACCUGCUUCACGAGUCACUCUUUGGAUCUGUAGCAGACGACCAAAAGCUUAUGAUUUGGGAUACCCGCUCCAACAAUACCUCCAAACCUAGUCAUGCAGUAGAUGCCCACACAGCAGAGGUCAACUGUUUGUCGUUUAACCCUUACAGUGAGUUCAUUCUUGCCACUGGCUCAGCAGACAAGACUGUAGCUCUUUGGGACCUGAGAAAUCUGAAACUGAAGCUACAUUCCUUUGAGUCACACAAAGAUGAGAUCUUCCAGGUUCAGUGGUCACCACAUAAUGAAACGAUUCUAGCAUCCAGUGGCACAGACUGUCGCCUCAAUGUCUGGGACCUCAGCAAAAUUGGAGAAGAGCAGUCACCUGAGGAUGCAGAAGAUGGUCCACCUGAGCUCUUGUUCAUUCAUGGAGGCCACACAGCCAAGAUAUCUGACUUCUCUUGGAACCCCAAUGAGCCUUGGGUCAUCUGCUCUGUGUCUGAAGAUAACAUCAUGCAAGUCUGGCAGAUGGCUGAGAACAUUUACAACGAUGAAGAACCUGAAGGCACAACAGACCCUGAAGCUACAGCGUAACUAUCAUCGUGCAUUUUCCCAAAACCUCAUCACAAAAGGCGCGUUUCCACUAGCGGGAGUCCAGGGUAAACCCGCCAGACAGUGAACCUCCAACAGGGCUGACUGGCUCUCGGCCAGUGUGUCUCCAUUACACUGUAGCGUCACACUGAAAAAAAACCCUGAUGUUGCAACCCGUAUCGAACCAAGGACCCACUUUAAUGUGUCAGCUGAAGAGUCCGACCAUCAAUCAAGCGGAGCAGCUUCGUCGCACUAAACAUUUUGACAGAUUUUUGAGCGCAGCGUACCACAUAAAAUGGGUUCGAGAUCAGUAAGCACAACAAAAUUCAAACAUCACGCGCACCAGGUUAUAGGGCCUACUCCCGAUAUUUGAGAAAAUUUAAGGAUGUUAGGUGCGCCUUAAGCCUGAAUUAUGGUUCUGCGUCAAACCAACGCAGAGCACACGCCGUCACCGUGACGCCGUCAUGAAUCCUUCGGACUUCUCCGUCACUCAAUUUCACCGCGGUGCAGUACCCCCCCGUGACCGCUAAUUCACGAUCUUUUCCUGAAUGGUUUAUCCGACCUUUUCCGGUUACAGUGAAUCAAAGAGAUAAGGACAACUAUUGUGCAAAAAACCAAAACAAAAAAAAUCACACAUACACAAAGAAAAGAGUGCUGAAAGUUCACGACUGCUUCAAGCCGGAAACCGGAAAUGCGUUGCUUCCAAGCGAACCAAUAACAGCCCUCUCCGUCUGCGUGUGGUCUGCGUCGCCUCGACGCGUAGUUACAAUUUUCGGGAGGUGCACGUCAGUGACGGCGUGUGGUACGCAUUGACGCGUACCACACGCCGUAGGCACGGCGUCGUUUUGACGCAGAACCAUAACUCAAGCUUAAUAGUGCAGAAAAUAUGGUAUGCAGAGAAGAACAAACAUGUCCACCAUAGAUGCUACUUGUGUUUUUUGACCACCCACCGUGGUCGUAAGAAUUGAGAUUCAAAGAAAAAAACCCCGCCGGAACUACAUUGGCGUGUUAUGGCAACAACACCUAACCCGACUCACCUGUCUUUCUGUCAUUUUUUUUUUUCAUCAAAUACAUCCGUAGCAAAAUAUUUCUGUUCCAAAGGGUUCAAAUGAGUUGUGGUCACAUGAUUUAUGUUUACGUGAGAGUGCCGAACGUAAUUUUUCAAAAAUCCCAAUUGGCAGAGACCCUCCUCCAGGAGGUUCCUGUUGGCCAUCCUGAGCACCUCUUCUACUACAGGGACGUUUUUCGUCCCCGAAAGCCGCUUUUGCAGGCCUCCUCCUGGUAAUGGAGACACGCGGCAACAGUCCGACACGGAAAGAUGUACCCCGAACUCCUGCUAGUGGAAACUUGCCUAAAAAGUAAUCUCAGUAGUUUCAAGCUUCUUCUAACUUCGGUGUUCAUGUGUGGGAAACUGUUUGCUGCUAACUGUAAAUACUGGAGUGCGGUCAUGCUUUGCCCUGGUUUGUUUUGGAAAAGUAAGGAACUCCUUCAGUAACUUGCUGCCUAAAGAAUCUUGUCCAUGAUUUUUGCAGUGAACUUAAAAUAUAUAUUUUUGUAAUUAGAACUGUUCCUCCUUGUACAAUAAAUGUUUUACACAAGGCCUUUUCUCAAAUAAAUACAAUGUUCUU